UUUUUGAUGUAAUAAAAAAUAAAAAUAAAAACAAUACAACAUAUACUCGAAUUCUUGGUAAAAUAAAUUGAAUUAGGGUUUCCAUUGUUAUUAGAUCAAAGAUUCAAUGCUUAAAAUAGCACUCCAUUUUUUAGAGUAAAGCCCAAGUUGCUAUUUUUGGCCCGCCAAUACAUUGAACUGCUACCAGUUCCCAUCUUUCUCCAAAGAAAAUCGAUCUAUUCUUGUCAUGUACCAUUUAUGUAGCUGAUGCUCUCUGGUGUUGGAACGGCAAGGGCUUUUUGUUUCAAAGGAAUAUAUACUGAUUCUAAUCUUAUAGUCGGUUAUAUUUUCAGUAGAAGAAGUUUUAGUACAAUGAAACAAGUUGGAAUUGAUAGUGCCUCUAGUUUUCCUACAUCGGAAUCUGUGGGAGAGGCUCCUGUUCUACGUCCUGUGUCUGUGAGAUCAAAAUGCUCUUCGAAUGUUCAAUCAACCCCAGAAAUCGAAAAGAAGUAUGUCCAUGGUGUUUAUGAUGCCAUUGCUCCCCAUUUCAGUUCCACUCGGUUUGCAAAGUGGCCUAAAGUGUCAGCUUUCUUGAGCUCAUUAUCUCCCGGUUCUCUCAUCUUAGACGCUGGAUGUGGAAAUGGGAAAUACUUAGGAUUAAAUCCUGAUUGUUUCUUUAUUGGCUGUGACAUUAGUGCAGCUCUUAUCAAUAUAUGUACAGAUAGAGGACAUGAAGUGUUGGUUGCAGAUGCUGUGAACCUACCAUAUAGGACUGGUUAUGGUGAUGCAGCAAUUUCUAUUGCUGUGUUGCAUCACCUAAGUACUGAAAAUAGGAGGAGGAAAGCGGUAGAGGAGCUUGUCCGUGUUGUUAAAAAGGGCGGGAGUGUUUUAAUUACUGUCUGGGCUAGGGAACAAGAAGACAGGUCGUUAAUUGAAAAAUGGACACCACUUAACCAAAGGUAUGUAGAGGAAUGGAUAGGACCAGGGAGUCCACGAGUUCGCAACCCUUCAUCUCCUCGCAUCCUUGAAAGCAUCCCAGAAGCAGAGGAAAAUGGUGCCGGGGAGCGGUUGAAAGGCCUACGUGCAAAGUCUUCAAAAGUAAAAUUAGCUGAAGAUAUGCAGUCAAUCUCUCUGGAUGAAGGUCAUUCUUUGCCUACUGGAUCUGAAAAAGGUUAUGCAGAGCAGCAGGAAUAUUUUGUUCCCUGGCACUUACCUUAUCAUCGAGCUGAAGUAAGUGGGGCUUCAGCUGUUGCCUUGGCUAGUGGUUUGGCAAAGAAAGAUGAUCAGAAGGGCUCUGUGGUGUAUAAUAGAUAUUACCAUGUUUUUAGUGAAGGUGAACUUGAAAGGUUGGUGUCUGGUCUGGAUAACGCCAUUCUUGUUGAUAGAUUCUAUGAUAAAUCAAAUUGGUGCAUCAUUCUUGAGAAAACAUCGUGAUAGUGUUGAACUUUUCAGAAGAUUCUUGCUCUUGUCAAAUCUAGUACAUGACGUCAAUAACCCUAGUUGUGAAAGGGUGAUAUUGUCUUUGAUGCAAGGAGUUAUACUGCUACAGAUUAUGGAAGUUAUCAACAGAAACAUGUCUAGUCUUUAAUUCUCACCGCUUGCCUGGUUGCCUGGCCUUCUUGUGGUUAUGUAUGAGUCUUGUAAAAUGCAAUUUUUGUAAGACUUUGGGGGACAGACCUGAGAACAAUGGGUUUGUUAUCAAAGUUACUUCAGUUUUGUGAGAUAGCAUUCGCUUGAAUAAAUUUAUGGCUUUAUUUUAAGGAA